GCUGGGUGGCGGUAGCACCUUUGCUUCUAGGAGGUUUUCCAUAAACACCGUUAAUGUAACUACAGAGGAAGAGGUAGGCCCUUUCAAGUCUCACGCACAACCCGCGUAAACAAAGCUAGCUAGCUAACAUUUGACAGAAGUAGAAGAACCAGCAUAACAAAAUAGAGCAAGGACUGACUUGCUUGGAGGUGGCUUCCUGAAGUACUCCCCAACCAGCUGAUUGGUCAACCCCAGGCUAAUUGGUGAUUGGAGCUGACCCCGCCCCCUCGUCAAGAAGCAGCUGACACUAAUCACCAUUGCCACCUGAAGAUAAAAGCCAGUGUUCUGCCCCAAGAGAAGAGAAGAUUGAGAAAGGAGAGAGAAGAGAUGAGAUAAGGAGUAGAGAUUUUGAGAUUGAGAGAGAGAGAGAAAAAUUAGAUUGUGAUAUAGUGUGGGUUGUGUAUCAGAAAGUGUGGUAUGUACUGCUGUUGUUGGUAGCAGUUUUUCUAUGUCCUGUGUUUGUGAAAUCGUUAAUAAUUACUCUGUUUCAUUUGUUCCCAGGGGGGAAGGAGAAGGCACUUUGGGAGUGCUUAGGCAAGAGGCCCGAGGGCAUACAUAUACCCGUAGUAUAUUUACUGUCUAGGCACACUAGGUAAGACCUGGGCGGACCACCCCCUGUAUUUUGGUUAGGGCACCAGACGGUGCUAAGUUAGGUAAGUUAAGUGGGUAGGCAGGUUAGAUAGGAGAGGGGGAACUUUGAUAUUUACUUUCUUUGCUUUGGUUCCAUCCAGCCCCUUUUCCCCAUAUUACCGUGUAAGAAAAUAAAUUCUAGUAAACGGUAAAUUCUGCUUUUGUGUCAUCCUUACUCGCACCUACAGUCCAUACCUCUUGCACUUCAGAGAGUUGAGUUGUAGUAGGGAGUUGCGUUCCCUCUUCUCAGAGGCGUGCGUAACAUAAUGGGGGCUCAUCCGGGAUUCCAUUAAACCCACCGGACCCUGCUGCACUGAGCUCUCUGUGGUUAGUGAUUGAGGUGUGAUGGUAGGUUGUGAGUUUGGAUGACUUGUUUAGUUUGUGUUUUCAGUAGAUUGCUGUGUACAAGAUGGCUGCCUCAGCCAUCUCCAAGUUCAUUGAUGCGCCCUCUAUUGAUUGUUUGGUGAGGUUUCGAAAAGUAGACCUUAUAGCUAUAGCUGACCAUUAUGGAUUUGUUAUCCCUGAGAAAGCCCUAAAGGCUGAGCUUUUGGUGCUAGUCAGGGAGGGUUUAGUAAGAGAAAGAAUUCUCUCAUUGAAAGGAGAGGAGACGGGUAGACUUUCCGAUGCCAAGUCGGAGGACAUGGCGGAGGAAGGGGUUGCUCGUACCCCCUUUACAUUGCCUCGAUUCGAUCCUUUAUCUUCUGCUUCAGGUCGUUCAGACGGGACCGCUAGGCUAAAGGUGAGGCUGGCCCGGUUAGAAAUGGAGCAAAAAGAUAAAGAGAGACAAAUGCAUUUUGAUCUUGAAAUUAGGAAAAUAGAAGCUGACAAGGAGGUGAGGAUCCGACAGCUAGAGCUAGAUGCUGGCUCCGGUACGACUCCAAAAGCUGCUCAUCAUCAAGCCCACUUUGAUGUAAGUAAAAAUAUAGCUUUAGUCCCACCAUUCCGAGAGUCGGAAGUUGAUUCCUAUUUCUCUGCGUUUGAGCGUGUGGCCGCUGCGCUGCAUUGGCCACUUGAGGUUUGGCCUCUCCUGUUACAAUGUAAAUUGUCUGGGAAAGCCCAGGAAGUAGUAGCUGCUCUCUCACUGGAAGACAGUUUACACUAUGAUACAGUUAAAACUACCGUGUUGCGGGCUUAUGAGUUGGUGCCUGAAGCUUAUAGACAGCGCUUCAGGAACCACAAGAAACCCUCUCACCGUACUUUUGUUGAGUUUGCUAGGGACAAAGAGUCUCUGUUUAAUCGAUGGUGUUCAGCCAGCAAAGCUAACACCUUUGCUGAUAUUCGGGAGUUGAUGCUGUUGGAGGAUUUUAAAAGCAACAUCCCUGAUAGAAUUGUAGUUCAUUUAAAUGAACAGAAAGUGGUGACAUUGGCCCAGGCAGCAGUGUUGGCAGAUGAGUACGCUUUGACACACAAGACUGUCUUUGGUGCACCUCGUUUUGAAGGUAGACUGAUUACGUCAUCAGUGCCUCAUUCAGGUCGCUUUUCCUCUGACAAGCCUUUUCAUGAGAUCCGUGAAUGUUUUUACUGUCACCAAAAGGGUCACGUGAUUGCGGACUGCCCAGUUUUGAAAAAUAAACCGAAACAGUCCCAGUCACCGUCCCCAAAAAGGAAAAGUUUGGGUUUAGUCAAGUCUUUGGCUCGUCCGUUGGUCCGAGGUAUUGAUUCAACAUUUGAGAAACCGGAUCCUGUUUAUGCUCCGUUUAUCUCUACCGGUUGUGUUUCCUUAACUGGAGAACAAGCUGAUCAAAAGCCAAUUAAAAUCUUACGAGACACCGGGGCGGCGCAGUCAGUAAUUAUUACUGAUGCUUUACCCUGGUCUCCUGAAACGUAUUGUGGCUCGCAUGUUAUAUUACAGGGGAUAGAGACAAAAACAGUACCUGUACCAUUACACUGGGUCCACUUAGUGUCAGAUUUGGUAUCAGGACGUUUCCGUGUUGGUGUAGUGUCUACACUGCCAGUAAAAGGAGUCACAUUGCUACUAGGGAAUGAUAUUGCUGGUGGUAACGUUACUCCUGUGUUAGAGGUAGUAGACAACCCAGAAAUCAGAACUACAGAUGAGAAAUUGGUUCAAGCAUUUCCUCAUGCUUUUCCUGCUUGUGUGUUAACGAGGGCACAAUCUCGCAAGUUUGGCGACGUGGUGGAUUUGGCUAGUUCCAUUUUUGAGAAUGUUGAAGUAGAAGACAAUGCACCGAGUAUUCCUUCUACAAGUCCGAAAGUUUUUACUCCUGUAAAAACUAAGGAAGGGGACUGCGAAAUCGCGCCCCAAUUACAUGACAUUCUUUUGUCUGUCACCCCUGAGAAGGUGAUUGAAUGUCAAAAAGGAGACACCAGUCUUCGUAAGUGUUUUGCUUCUGUAAUUUCCAUUGAGGAAGCUAAAACUAGAGAGACUGCCUACUUUAUGGAAGCAGGAGUGUUGAUGCGUAAAUGGGCAGCUCAUGACACUGUUAAUGACUGGAGUGAAGUGUGUCAAGUGGUUGUUCCUACACCGUUCCGACAGCAAGUGCUGUCACUCGCCCAUGACCAGGCGUGGUCUGGACAUUUGGGGAUCACAAAGACUUAUAACCGGGUCCUUCGUCAUUUUUUCUGGCCAGGUUUGAAGUCUGACGUGGUCCAAUUUUGUAAAACAUGUCACGUAUGUCAACUCACUGGGAAAGCGAAUCAAACAGUUCCUAGAGCACCGCUCUACCCGAUUCCUGUGGUGGGGGAACCGUUUGAAAGAGUGAUAGUUGAUUGUGUAGGUCCGUUGCCGAAAACCAGGUCAGGUAACCAGUUCCUAUUAACAAUAAUGUGCAGUGCUACUCGAUACCCAGAGGCUAUUCCUCUCCGUACUAUUACGGCUAAGACUGUGGUGAAGGCACUGGUGAAGUUCUUCUCUACGUUUGGACUCCCUAAAGUAAUCCAAACAGAUCAGGGAUCCAACUUUAUGUCCAAAAUGUUUUCAAAUGUGUUAAAGACAUUGUGUAUUUCCCAUCAGGUCUCAAGUCCGUAUCAUCCAGAGAGUCAAGGGGCUCUCGAACGCUGGCAUCAGACGCUGAAGGCAAUGCUACGCAAGUAUUGUAUGGAUACCAGUACCGAUUGGGAUGAGGGGGUGCCCUUUGUCCUAUUUGCUAUAAGGGAAACGAUACAAGAGUCCUUAGGGUUCAGCCCUGCUGACCUUGUGUUUGGACACACCCCACGGGGUCCGCUGAAAGUUUUGAAGGAGCAUAUCUUAUCUCCUACACCCAGUAGCGCCCCUAAAAAUGUGUUGGAUUAUGUCAGUAAAAUGCGGGAGAGACUGCACGCCGCAUGUGCGUUAGCCCAAAAGUCUCUUUCCUCUUCGCAAAAACGCAUGAAGGUGCAUUAUGACAAAAAGGCUGUUGGCCGUUCUUUUGCACCAGGGGAUCAAGUUUUAGUUUUGUUGCCAAUUCCUGGCUCAUCUCUGUCAGCACGUUUUUCUGGACCAUAUCUGGUGGAAAAGAAACUCAGUGACACCAACUAUGUGAUAAAGACCCCAGAUCGGAGGCGUUCUUCCCGUGUGUGUCAUGUUAACAUGCUAAAAGAAUAUUAUGUACGUGACUCUCCAGACAGCUCCUCAAGUAAGCCGGUCCAGCCCGCCGUCUCCAGUGUGGCUGCGGUGGUGCUGAAGCCUGGCUGGGACCUAGAGGAGGAUAAGGAGGAUGGGUUGGAGUUACGCCAUACGUUACAGCAGUGUGAACGCCUAUGUAAUUCAGAGAUGCUGAAGAAGUUACCCUCUCAAAUGGAACAUUUGGAUAACGAUCAAACUAAGGACCUUAUCCUAUUGAUAAACAGUUUUCUCAGUGUGUUUCAGGACGUUCCAAGUCGCACGUCCAUCUUGGAACAUGACGUGGAUGUAGGGAAUGCUGCUCCUAUACGUCAGCAUCCGUACCGGGUUAAUACAAAGAAAAGGGAGGUAAUGAAAAGUGAGGUAGCUUAUUUAUUACAGAAUGACAUGGCAAAACCCAGUAACAGCUCCUGGAGUUCCCCAUGUAUUCUUGUUCCUAAGCCUGACGGUACGUCCCGCUUAUGCACGGACUAUCGUCGAGUAAAUGCAGUUACAAAGUCUGAUUCUUUUCCUCUACCUCGAUUAGAUGACUGCAUUGAUAGAAUUGGCUCUGCUGCUUACGUUAGUAAGUUAGAUUUGUUAAAAGGUUAUUGGCAGGUGCCUCUGACCUCUAGAGCUUCUGACAUAUCGGCUUUUGUUACGCCUGAUAACUUUGUACAAUACACUGUGAUGCCCUUUGGCAUGUGUAAUGCACCUGCUACUUUUCAGCGUCUAGUUAACAUUGUGUUUGCAGAUGUGCCAAAUUGUACUGCAUACCUUGAUGAUGUGGUGAUACAUUCCUCUACUUGGUCUGAUCAUCUCUCCACUUUGAAAAGUGUGUUUCAGCGGUUGGAGAAUGCUUCUUUAACCCUCAAUUUGGCCAAGUGUGAGUUUGGGAAGGCUACGGUGACUUACUUAGGGAAACAAGUGGGACGAGGUCAAGUGCGCCCAGUAUCUGGCAAGGUGGAGGCAAUUGUUGCUUUUCCUGCUCCCACGACUCGACGCCAGUUGCGCAGAUUCCUAGGGAUGGUAGGGUACUAUCGUACAUUCUGUAAGAAUUUCUCGACGGUAGUAGCUCCCCUUUCAUCGCUGCUUAGUCCCAAGGUACCAUUUAGGUGGUCCAAGGACUGUAACCAUGCGUUUGAGUCCGCUAAAGCGCUACUUUGUAGUGCCCCAGUGCUUGCCGCCCCCAACUUAGACAAACCUUUUAAGUUGGAGGUUGACGCUAGUAUAGUGGGGGUGGGUGCGGUUCUCUUACAGGAAGAUGAAGAUGGAGUGGAUCGGCCCGUCAGUUUCUUUUCCCGUAAGUUCAACUCGUGUCAGUCAAGGUACUCCACAAUUGAACAAGAGACACUAGCUUUAUUGCUAGCCUUACAGUUCUUUGAAGUAUAUGUGGGAUCCAGUGCCUUGCCUGUAAUGGUCUUCACAGACCAUAAUCCUUUAGUGUUCUUGAAGCAAAUGUACAAUCAGAACCGCCGCCUUAUGCGGUGGGCUCUGAUUGUACAAGGAUAUAAUGUACAGAUAGCAUAUGUGAAGGGCUCAGUGAAUGUGGUUGCUGACGCUCUAUCACGGGUUUACUAACUGGGGAAGCGUUGAUUUUUGUUAUUACAAACUGUAUGUUUGCAAUUUUUGUGGUGGGCGUGUUACGUUCCCCAGUUUCUAUGUUUUGUUUUGUAUUUGAGUGUGUGUUUCAGGAGGUGGCUUCCUGAAGUACUCCCCAACCAGCUGAUUGGUCAACCCCAGGCUAAUUGGUGAUUGGAGCUGACCCCGCCCCCUCGUCAAGAAGCAGCUGACACUAAUCACCAUUGCCACCUGAAGAUAAAAGCCAGUGUUCUGCCCCAAGAGAAGAGAAGAUUGAGAAAGGAGAGAGAAGAGAUGAGAUAAGGAGUAGAGAUUUUGAGAUUGAGAGAGAGAGAGAAAAAUUAGAUUGUGAUAUAGUGUGGGUUGUGUAUCAGAAAGUGUGGUAUGUACUGCUGUUGUUGGUAGCAGUUUUUCUAUGUCCUGUGUUUGUGAAAUCGUUAAUAAUUACUCUGUUUCAUUUGUUCCCAGGGGGGAAGGAGAAGGCACUUUGGGAGUGCUUAGGCAAGAGGCCCGAGGGCAUACAUAUACCCGUAGUAUAUUUACUGUCUAGGCACACUAGGUAAGAUUUGGGCGGACCACCCCCUGUAUUUUGGUUAGGGCACCAGACGGUGCUAAGUUAGGUAAGUUAAGUGGGUAGGCAGGUUAGAUAGGAGAGGGGGAACUUUGAUAUUUACUUUCUUUGCUUUGGUUCCGUCCAGCCCCUUUUCCCCAUAUUACCGUGUAAGAAAAUAAAUUCUAGUAAACGGUAAAUUCUGCUUUUGUGUCAUCCUUACUCGCACCUACAGUCCAUACCUCUUGCACUUCAGAGAGUUGAGUUGUAGUAGGGAGUUGCGUUCCCUCUUCUCAGAGGCGUGCGUAACAUCGCGGU